AUGCCCGUGAUGAAGGGGCUCCUUGCGCCACAGAACACCUUUCUAGAUGCCAUCGCCAAGCGCUUCGAUGGCACCCACAGCAACUUUCUGUUGGGAAAUGCCCAGGGUUGCCGUGGAUACCCCAUCGUGUACUGCUCCGACGGCUUCUGUGAGCUCACGGGCUUCGGGCGCACAGAGGUCAUGCAGAAGACCUGCAAGUGCCACUUCCUGUACGGCCCCGAGACCAGCGAGCGCGUCACCCAGCAGCUGGAGAAGACUCUGGAGGGACAGAGGGAGUACCAGACUGAGGUGCGACUCUACUGCAAGAACGGAAGCCCGUUCUGGUGUCUCCUGGACAUCGUGCCCAUUAAGAAUGAGAAAGGGGAGGUGGUCCUCUUCCUCUUCUCCUUCAAGGACAUCAGCGAGUCACACGGCAAGAGUCUCCACAGUGGUCUAUCCGAGGAUGAAUGUCAGAGCAUGAAGGCUGGCAGCUCUCCUCUGAGUCGAGCGCGAGAGCGUGGGCGAACUGCUCUGCACCAGCUCACCAGCCAAUUCACUGGCCGCAACAAAGGCAAGCUGGCCAAAAACGUGUUCCGCGGCGGCCCGUCCCUUCCCGAGUACAAGGUGGCCUCGGUGCAGAAGUCCCGCUUCAUCCUGCUGCACUACAGCCUCAGCAAGGCCCUGUGGGAUUGGCUCAUCCUCAUCGCCACCUUCUACGUGGCCGUCACCGUCCCCUACAAUGUCUGCUUCUCCAGCCCCGGAGACGGCCGUGACCAUGGCAACACCAGCGAUGACUGUGAUUCCACCUCCCGCAGUACCAUAGUCAGCGACAUCGCCGUGGAGAUGCUCUUCAUACUAGACAUUGUGCUGAACUUCCGCACCACCUACGUGAGCCAGUCGGGGCAGGUGGUGUACGACGCCCGCUCCAUCUGCCUCCACUACCUGGCCACCUGGUUCGUCCUCGACGUCAUCGCUGCACUGCCCUUCGACCUGCUCUACGCCCUCAACAUCACCGUUACAUCCCUGGUGCACCUGUUGAAGACGGUGCGUCUGCUGCGGCUGCUGCGUCUGCUCCAGAAGCUGGACCGCUACUCCCAGUACAGCUCGGUGGUGCUGACCCUGCUCAUGUCCGUCUUCGCGCUGCUGGCCCACUGGCUGGCCUGCGCCUGGUACGUCAUCGGCUACAAGCAGCUGGAGACCAGCGACCCGCUCACCUGGGAUAUAGGCUGGCUGCAGGAGUUGGGGAAGCGUCUGGAGACUCCGUACACUAACGGCACGGUGGGCGGUCCGUCCAUGCAGAGCGCCUACAUCGCCGCCCUCUACUUCACCCUCAGCAGCCUCACCAGCGUGGGCUUCGGGAACGUGUGUGCCAACACGGACGCCGAGAAGAUCUUCUCCAUCUGCACCAUGCUGAUCGGAGCCCUGAUGCACGCGGUGGUGUUUGGCAACGUGACGGCCAUCAUCCAGCGCAUGUACUCGCGGCGCUCGCAGUACCACACGCGCAUGAAGGACCUGAAGGACUUCAUCAGGGUGCACCGCCUCCCCAAGCAGCUCAAGCAGCGCAUGCUCGAGUACUUCCAGGCCACUUGGUCCGUCAACAACGGCAUCAACGCCAACGAGCUGCUGCACGACUUCCCGGACGAGCUGCGCGCGGACAUCGCCAUGCACCUGAACAAGGACAUCCUGCAGCUGCCGCUCUUCUCCUCGGCCAGCAGGGGGUGCCUGCGCUCCCUCUCGCUGCACAUCAAGACCUCCUUCUGCGCGCCGGGCGAGUACCUGAUCCGGCACGGCGACGCGCUGCACGCCCAGCACUACGUCUGCUCCGGCUCCCUGGAGGUCCUCAAGGACGGCAUGGUGCUGGCCAUACUAGGCAAGGGAGACCUGAUCGGCGCAGACAUCCCGGGCUCGGAGCAGGUGAUCAAAGCCAACGCGGACGUCAAGGCGCUGACCUACUGCGACCUGCAGUACAUCAGCAUCCGGGCCCUGCAGGAGGUGCUGGAGCUCUACCCGGAGUACGGCCACCGCUUCAAUGCCGACAUCCACCACAGCCUCACCUACAACCUCAGAGAGGGUGUGACGAGGUUCUCCCGAUCACCUCACCUUUCCCAGGACCGCGCCGACUCGUCUGUGCUGAGGGACUCAAAGCUGCCCUUCAUCAUCAGGUCCGAGGAGGACGAUGACAUGGGGAAUGACACUGGUGGCUUCCCCUGCUCCCCUGGCAAGUUGCCCCUGCGCUCCAGCCUGGGAAGCCCCUGUCCCCAGUCCUCCCUGACGGACAUGCUGGGGGAGGAGCUCCGCCACUUCGGCAUGCUGCGCCUCUGCCGCUCGCCCACCCAGGGGUUCCGGGGCCGAAGCCCCUCUCCGCAGCCAGGCAAGGAGGAGCUGUCUCCCCACCACCACCAUCACCAUCACCAACACCACCAUGGUGGAGGGCUGGGUCAUCAUCACCCCACCACUGACUCCAGCUCCUCCUGUCACAGGCCAGCCAAGCUGCUCAUCCCUGCCAUCACCUCCGUCAGCCCUCUGGACCUCAGCCCCAGAGUUGUGGAUGGCAUUGAGGAUAAUGGGAGAGCGUUUCACUUCAAUGUGGAGCAGCCUGCAGACCCCCCCAGCACAGGAGUCAAAGACCCCUACCAAUUGAGCGCCAACCUUCUCUUGGAAACUGAGGACGUCAGACAGAGUAUCAACCAACUCAACAAAGAGUUCAGCCAUAUGAACCAGGAGGUGUCCAACCUGACCAAGGAGCUCCACGAGAUGAUGCACUUCCUGCAGAGCCAGGCGGCGGCCACUGCUGCCGCCUCCUCCUCCGUGCCACACUUCCACUCCUCCCUCUCCUCCUUCCCUUCCUUCGGCCUCCAGGUGGUGCCCACCUCCUCCGUGAGCAGCACCCUGGCAGGCCCCGCCACAGACUGGCCGCCCAGGAUGCCCGUGACCAUGCCAGGGGGUCAUUGCAGGGUGUACCGGGAUCCGUUAGCGAGAGACGCGCUGGCGCACAGGAGCGUGUGGGGCUGUGGUGGUGGUGGUGGUGGUGGUGGUGCAAGCCCUACUGUUGCUGCCCCCGUCAGGGCAUCUGUGGUGGGGCAGGAGGGAGAGACAGCGGACACCAACCAGCAGCAUCCACCCACCAGCCCGCAGUCUCCCGCACCCUGCCCACACUCGGCCUGCUGCUCCACAGACUGGGACAAGGCACCUGGAGGAGAUGCACAGCAGAGCCCCUUCCAGACCUCCAGGACCACACCCAACUCUCCCUACGGCAGACAGCAUCAGGCCAGGCAAGCGCCGGCAACUCUGCUCAGCGUGAGUCUCUGCGGUCCAUCUGCAGGAGGAAAGAUGACCCCACAGGUCGCCUUUGAUGGCACCGCCAAGGGUACCCAGAGCGCUGCGUCGCACCCCGCUUGUUCCUAUGGCAACCUCAGCCAGUCCCACCCCUCCCUCAGCCUGCCGGUGACCUCUGAACUCUCCAGAGCAGCACACCCCACUGGAAUGCCGCAGCCGCCGAUCCACACGUCGCUCACGCCGGUCGGUCCGCCUCAGCUCCACACGGUGGUCAGUCCACUGAUACACUCCGGGGUGUGUGCCGGUCCAGGUCCUGGUCUGGAGUUACUGCUGGGACAUGGGCUCCCUGCCGGGUCCAGACAAAGUCAUCUCAUAGGAUCCAGUCCGGUCCACAUACACGACCCCCCACCCUCCACUACAGCAGAGACGCCCAGAAAACAGAGCACUGGGCCCCAAGGAAUGUAA